AUGCCUUACCAGUACACGAUACCCAAUCUCAAUGGCCUUUCUCAAGAGGAGAAAAUAGCUCUUGCCAUACAGGCAGUUCACGACAGUGGUUCUACCCCCGACGGCCGCACCAACCUCUCUUUACGUCGUGCUGCUGCUGACUUCGAGGUUCCGCGCUCAACACUCACGGAUCGUUUCAAUGGGAAGCUUACUCGUCAUGCUGCCAAUGAGCACCGGCAAACCCUCAACAAUGAUGAAGAGGAAGUUCUUGCUGAGUGGGCAAAGGUGCAAGGCCGUCGUGGAGUGCCGCUUUCUCCAUCGGCGCUUAUCGAACACGCGGAGGCUAUUGCCGGCAAGGCUGUUGGCCCAACUUGGGCGUCUCGGUUCCUUAAUCGGCAUCCUGAUCUCAAGACUCGUUGGACUCAGAGCUUAGAGGAUUGCCGCGCAAACAAUGCGAACGAAACAACCGUGUUUGGCUUCUUGGACAUGUACGAGGAUCUCGUCAACGAAUUCAAUAUCCCGCCAGAGAAUAUAUAUAACAUGGAUGAAAAGGGCAUUCAGCUAGGCGUUGGGAAGCGCAUGAACGUGAUCAUCGACCGCACCCAGGAGAAUGUCUACAAUGUUGAGGAUGGCAAUCGAGAACUUGCUACCGUUAUUGAGACGUUGAAGCGCGACUUCGAACCUAUGAGCGCGGCACGCAACAAGACCAAUGGCUACCGACUCCUCAUUCUGGAUGGCCAUAAUUCACACUGUACCUAUCGCUUCUGCAAAUUCGCGGCGGAGAAGCGCAUCAUUAUCAUCUGUCUACCAUCUCACACUACACAUGUUCUUCAGCCAUGCGACGUUGGCGUGUUCGGCCCACUUGCAUCCUGUUGGAAAGCUGAGGUCAACGCUGUGUCGAAGCAGCGUGGAUCUAUCACUAAGUCAACACUUCUCUCCCACUAUUCCCGUGCCCGUGACAAGGCAUUCAAGGAGACGACAAUCAAGGCCGCAUUUCUCAAAACUGGCAUUUGGCCAAUAGACCGUCAUGCCAUCGAUCCCAUUGUAUUCGAGCCAUCAAAGAAUACAACUACACAAUCCGCCCAACCCCUACCGACAAAGGUGCCAUCACUCCUUCGAGUCAUCCCUGCUCCACUUCCUGUACCUGGUAUCACCGCCACGGCUACUCCUCUCCCACCAACUCCGGCUCUGUCUCGUAUCGAAGAGUCUCCAUCCUCCACAUCCAUCAGCGAAGGCAAUGGCACCGCUUCUGUUAAUCAAUCAGUCGGCACACAAGUUAUAACACAAACCGAAGAAGAGGCCAUGCUCGAGCGCAUCGAGAUUGUGCUCCCGAAGCGCCUGCGCAAAAACGCGUCGCGAAGUGCACUGUGGGCCCAGAAUGACGAACUCUUCAAAUUGCUAGAGAUGGCGGGUCACGAGCUGAAGGCGUUCUAUGGUCAGAUGAAGCUGAUGGACCUCGAGAACGGGAAGCUGCGCGAACAGCUGUAUGGUCGACGGUCAAAGAAGAGGGAGGUGAGACGGACUUCUGAGGCACGACACAUGACAUCGGAGGAGGUGCUAGAGGGGCUUGCACGGGGGGAGUGGGAGAUUGCUGCGAUGGCACGGAGGGAGGAAGGAAGGAAGGCGAGGGAGGAGGCGAAGAGGGAGGUGGUGUGGCUGCGAGUGACUGAGUUUGGGCCGAUGUUACGAGAGGCGACUGCCGAGGCAAAGAGAAUGGGUGUGGUGCCAGUGGGGAACAGUCGGGGUGGUCGGGGAGGGAUUCCUCGAGGUGGGCGUGGUCGGGCUAAUCGAGGCAACUUAGAUUCCCCGAGCACAUCCGAUGCUGACGUUGGCCCUGCUCCCAUUGAAGAUACUGCUCCUCCUACUACAACCGAGAGGGGCCGCGGUCGUGGUCGUGGUCGAGGGCGGGCCUCUGCCACUACCAAUCGAGGGGGUGCCAGAGGUGUCCGUGGGGGUGCCCGUGGCCGUGGUCGGGGGCGAAGGGCUCCAGCGGGCGUUCAGAUGGACACCGUCGAUGAGCAUUCUGAAAUUGCAGAAGCGCAGGACAUGGAGGAGCCGGCUCCACCUGCACAGGAGCCUCGAGCACGCCCCCGCCCCCGCCCACGCCCAAUCAAACAAAAGCAGGCACAACCGCCCCCUGCAACGAACGUUAAUGAAGGAACGACCGAGGCAGGGCUCGGAGACACACCUUCCGCCGAGCAUUCACUGCCCUCCACAGUUCCAUCUCGCACUCAAGACCCUGCGCUGGAAUCUUCAUCUUCUUCCGCCCAGGAGCAAGGAGCGCCAUCCGGGCGUCGGAGUCAGCCUGCUAGAAUGCGGUAG